UCGGUGGGAAAGGCGUCAAUAUGGCCGCUGCGGCGACCGACGCUGGCGAAAGCGAGCCCAGGGGCUGUCCUUCCGUUUUCUUUCUGCACCCGGACCUUGGCAUCGGCGGGGCCGAGCGGUUGGUCGUCGACGCGGCUCUAGCGCUGCGCGCGCGGGGCUGCCGCGUGCAGAUUUGGACGCCGCGCUACGACCCUGCACGCUGCUUCUCGGAGACGCGCCAGCUGGACGUGCGAACGGCGGCGGGCUGGCUGCCGCGGAGCAUCCUGGGAAGAGGCCACGCGCUCUGUGCCGCGCUGCGUAUGGUCUGCCUGGCGUUGCACGUGCUGCUGCUCAGCGGGGAGGAAGUCGACGUCUUCGUUUGUGACCAGGUGUCUGCAUGCAUUCCAAUUCUCCGUCUGGCUCGGAGGCGUAAGAAGGUUUUGUUUUAUUGUCACUUCCCUGAUCAGCUUCUGACUAAGAGGGAGUCGUUAAUUAAACAUGUCUACAGAGCUCCCCUGGACUGGUUGGAAGAGUAUACAACUGGCAUGGCUGACUGUAUUCUAGUCAACAGUUGUUUUACAGCAAAUGUUUUCAAAGAAACCUUCAAAUCCUUGUCCCACAUAAAUCCAGAUGUCUUGUAUCCUUCUUUGAAUGUCAGUAGAUUUGAUACCGUUAUUCCUGCCGAAGUAGCUAGCAUAGUCCCCAACAGAAAGAGUAUCUUUCUUUCCAUAAAUAGGUAUGAAAGGAAGAAAAAUCUAGUAUUGGCUUUGGAAGCUUUACAUGACCUUCGUGGGAGACUUAAUGCUCAGGAGUGGAGGGAUGUUCACCUGGUUUUGGCUGGUGGUUAUGAUGAAGCAGUUCAAGAAAAUGUGGAAUACUAUGAAGAACUAAAAGCUCUUGCUACCAAACUUAAUAUUGACAAGCAGAUCACAUUCCUGAGAUCUUUCUCUGAUGAACAGAAGAUAGCGCUUCUUAGUAACUGUAUGUGUGUUCUGUAUACACCGAGUAAUGAACACUUUGGAAUAGUUCCUUUAGAGGCUAUGUACAUGAGAUGCCCAGUCAUUGCAGUAAAUUCUGGGGGACCUUUAGAAUCAGUUGUGAACGAUCAGACGGGCUUCUUGUGUGAUCCUCUUCCUACCCAGUUUUCAGAAGCCAUGGAGAAAUUUGUAAGAGAUCCUUUUUUAAAGAAGACAAUGGGAGCCGCUGGGAGAAUCAGAAUUUUAGAAAACUUUUCACCAGAAGCAUUCACUGAAAAGCUGUACCAAUAUGUUUCUAGUCUAAUGCAAUAAAAUUAAAUUCCAUUAUAUAA